GCGCGGCGGGGUCGCCGUUUUCCAGCCAGUCCGCGUCCCCUUCCGCCGCGCCGGCGGCUGCCAGGAUGUUCAGGAUGCUGAACAACGGCUUCGAGGACGACCCCUUUUUCUCUGAUUCUUUUCAUGCACACCAAGAAAAUAUGCGGCAGAUGAUGAGGAGUUUCUCUGUUCCAUUUGGGAGAGACAUGCUCAAUGUCUCUGAGUGUGGAGGGAGAGCUUGCGGCCACCGGGGAUGGGACGACAACGAAGACUCCUUUACUCACGCCGAUGGCAACCCUUUCCAGGCAAUGAACCGAAUGAUGCAAAAUAUGGGAAACAAUAUGCAGGAGUUACAAAGAAAUUUUGGUCAGCUUUCAAUGGAUCCAAAUGGACAUUCAUUUUGUUCUUCUUCAGUGAUGACAUACUCCAAAGUAGGAGAUGAGCCUCCCAAGGUUUUCCAGGCCUCCACUCAGACCCGUAUGGCUCCGGGAGGAAUAAAGGAAACCAGGAGAGCAAUGAGAGAUACUGACAGGGGACUAGAAAAGAUGGCUAUUGGCCAUCAUAUCCAGGACCGGGCUCACGUCAUCAAAAAGUGCAAGAACACCAAGACUGGGGAUGAAGAGGUCAACCAGGAGUUCUUCAACAUGUGCGAGAGUGAUGCACAUGCCUUUGAUGAUGAGUGGCAAACUGAGGUCCUGAAGUACAACCCUGGGGGGCGGCCACGCAAAGUGGAGAACACCAGGAUGCGCAGCGUCGGUCACGAGAAUGCAGGACCCCGGGAGGUGAAAAGAAGGGAUAAAUCUCAUCAUAGUCCAGCCCUUGAAAGUGGAAGAAAACCAAAAGUUUUUGGAGACAAACUCAACAUCAAAGGAUCACCUGUGAAAAUGAACAAAAAAUAAACAGCCAUGCCCUUGA